AACAAAAUUUUAAAAAUAAAAAAAAAAAUGUCAAUUGAUAUAGUAGAAAUCUUAAAAGAACCAAAAAUGACAAAGGUGUGUGCACCAAUGGUUAGAUACAGCAAAUUACAAUUUAGAACAUUAGUAAGACAAUAUGAUUGUGAUAUAUGUUUUACACCUAUGAUCUUAGCUGAUUCAUUUGUACAAUCUGAAAAAGCUAGAGAUAAUGAGUUUUCAACUAAUAAUGGGGAUAAACCACUAAUUGUUCAAUUUGCUGCUAAAAAUGUACAUGAUUUUCUUAAUGCAACAGAACUAGUUGCUCCAUAUUGCAAUGGAGUUGACAUAAAUUGUGGGUGUCCACAGCGUUGGGCAUUAAAAGAAGGAUAUGGAGCUGAUUUACUUAAGAAACCAGAUCUUGUAAAAGAUUUAAUAUAUCAAGUGAGAAAUCGCAUUCCACAUCCUUUCUCUGUAUCUGCAAAAAUUAGAUUGUUCAAGGAUAUUCAUAAAACUAUUGACUUCUGUAGAAUUCUUGAGAAAGCAGGUGCUUCAUUUCUUACCAUUCAUGCUAGAACUCCGGAAAUGAGAUGUGAACCAAUUGAUUUGAAAAGUUUAAAAUUAGUAAGAGAUAGUGUGAAAUUACCACUCAUUGCUAACGGAGAUAUAAAAAGUUUAGAAAGUGCAGAAUACUUGUACAAGGAAAGUAAUUGUGACGCAGUGAUGUCUGCAAGAGGAAUUUUAACAAACCCAGCUCUUUUCUCUGGAUAUACAGUUACACCUCUUGAUUGUGUACAAGAUUGGGUUGAUAUUACAUCGACUAUACCGACCCAGUUUAUAUGUUUUCAUCAUCACCUUGUAUUUAUGUUAGAAAAAAUACUCCCCAAGAAAAAUAGAUUGUUUUUCAAUAGUUUACAAAAUAAAGCAGCUGUUAUGGAAUUUUUAAAAGAUACUUAUGGCAUAAAACCUAACAACAAUUCUAAAUCAUUUGAUCUUAUUAAAUGCAUCUUUAAUACGUCACACAAAAAAUAUAACAAAGAUAUUGCGAAAGAUGAUGAUGAUUUAAGUAUGAAUUUUUUAGAUUCGAUCUUUGGCUCCUAGUAAAACUGGUAAACGUCCAUUGCUAUCUGACAUAUCCAAUAAUGUAGUACCAUCAAGGCUUGUGUCACCUGUUCAGCAGGUGAAAAAAAAGGUUUGUCACAGUGUCAAAAAUGUACAAAUACCAGAAUAUAAAGCAGUAACCCUUUCAUCUGAUGAUGUACAAGCUACUCAAGAAAUAAUUUCUGAACAUGAAGAACGUAUGAAAAAACUCCUUAGUAAGCCAUUUAAAAUACCAAUUCCUGGUUAUCAGUUAUCUGGCCGUGCACUAGGAAUACGUUUAUCUGGUCCUCGUAGGGCCUUACAUGAUCCUGAGGAAGCUAAUGCACUUGUUGUUUAUUCACCUCCUGAAUUAUCUGAACAUGAAAAAUUGAAAGUAGAUCAAUCUAAACAAUUUGUGCAUGUAGUGGUAGAUCCUAUAUUAUGUAACAUUUUAAGGCCUCAUCAAAGAGAAGGUGUAAAGUUUAUGUACGAGUGUGUAACAGGAAAACGCAUUGAAAGUGCCUACGGAUGCAUUAUGGCAGAUGAAAUGGGUCUUGGAAAAACUUUACAAUGUAUAACUCUAUUAUGGACUCUGUUAAAACAAGGGCCUGAAGCUAAACCACUUAUAGAGAAAGCUAUUAUUGUUGCUCCAAGUUCAUUAGUUAAAAAUUGGUAUAACGAGAUCUUUAAAUGGUUAAAAAAUAAAGUUCAACCACUGGCAAUUGAUGGUGGAAACAAAGCAGACAUUGAUGCAAAACUUACUGGAUUUAUGAAAACUUAUGGUCGUAGGUGUAUAAAUCCUAUUUUGAUAAUCAGUUACGAAACUUUUCGCUUGCACGCACACGUUCUUCAUCAAGACGAGGUUGGACUCGUAUUAUGCGAUGAAGGACAUCGUUUAAAAAAUUCCGAAAAUCAAACGUACCAAGCACUUAUAAAAUUGAAAGCCAAAAGAAGAGUAUUACUUAGUGGAACACCUAUCCAGAAUGAUCUUUUAGAAUACUUUUCUCUUGUACAUUUUGUUAAUCAAGGACUACUGGGAACUGCACAAGAAUUUCGGAAAAAAUUCGAAAUACCAAUUUUACGUGGUCAAGAUGCAGCUGCAACAGAUGCUGAACGUACUCUUGCUCAAGAACGCUUAACGGAAUUAGUAACCAUUGUGAAUAAGUGUCUUAUUAGACGUACCAGUGCCUUACUUUCAAAAUAUUUACCUUUAAAAUAUGAAUUAGUGGUGUGCAUAAAAAUGGGAAAAUUACAAACUGAUCUCUAUAAUAAUUUUAUACAAAGCGAUAGUGUCAAAAGAUCAAUGGAAGGUGAAAAUUCAGAAAAUUCCAAGAAGGGAAAAAGUUUUUCUACACUUGCAGCAAUCACAUUGUUGAAAAAGUUAUGCAACCAUCCUGAUUUAAUAUAUGACAAAAUAUUGGGAAAAUGUGAUGGAUUUGAAAACGCUGCAAAAUUAAUGCCAGUAACUUAUAACACAAGAGAAAUCAUGCCAGAAUUAUCCGGGAAGCUAAUGGUAUUAGAUUGCCUUUUAGCAUCUAUUAAAACAACAACAAACGAUAAAAUUGUUUUGGUAUCUAAUUAUACACAAACUCUCGAUCUAUUCGAGAAACUGUGUCAUAAACGUUGUUAUAAUUAUGUUAGAUUGGAUGGCACUAUGACUAUUAAGAAAAGAUCAAAGGUAGUAGAAAAAUUUAAUGAUCCAAAUAGCAAUGACUUCAUUUUUAUGCUCAGCUCUAAAGCUGGAGGCUGUGGGUUAAAUCUUAUCGGUGCAAAUCGUCUUGUCAUGUUCGAUCCUGACUGGAAUCCUGCGAAUGACGAUCAAGCUAUGGCUAGGGUUUGGAGAGAUGGUCAGAAGAAGCUCUGUUUCAUAUAUCGUUUCCUUUGUAAAUCAAUUCCCUAUUUGAAUAUAUUGCAGACUGGUACUAUCGAAGAAAAAAUUUUCCAAAGGCAAGCGCAUAAAAAGGCAUUAAGUUCGACAGUUGUAGAUCAGGAAGAAGACGUUGCAAGACAUUUUACGUUAAAUGAUCUACGAGAUUUAUUUAAAUUAGAAGAAAAUACUAUAUCAGAUACUCAUGCUAAGUUCAAGUGUAAAAGGUGUGUUAAUGGCAUAGAAGUAAAAGGACCACCCGAACAAUCGGACUGUAAUUCGGAUUUAUCAGAUUGGAGGCACAUAUAUAAUCCACGACAUUUACCAGAUAUUCCGUUACGACAGUGCUGGUCGAGUGGAAUUUCAUUUGUUUUCUGCCAUCGAUCGCAUGAACAAGUUAAAUAAGAUUAUAAUUUUUAAGAAUAUUUGUGUAUAGGAUAAUAUAAAGAAAGCAAUAUUUUUUUACUGUUCAUAUUUCAUACAUACUUUUGUACAAAAGUUGUUACGCUUAUUUAAAACGAAAUCUGUAUAAACAAAUGCACAAUAAAUAUUAUGUAUUUGUUUAAUAAUAGAAUUUACAUUAAAUACUAAUUGAAAUUACAUUAUAAUACUAAUAUUAUGUAGAAAGGUAAAAAAAAAUAAUUUAAUUGUAUAAAAGUUAUUGCACAAAUUGAUUAAACGUGUAAAAUAUUUUUCUUUGCGGAAGUUUAUUAUUAGUUAUUAAACAGUCUGUAAUUUUUUUUUUUUGCUACAUUACUAUAUUAAUUUAAUAACGUACUUGGAGCUAUUGAUCUCAAAAGCUAUUACAUUUGUAAUUUCUAAAUUUAAUGUAUUUUCAAACUGAGCAUUGUCUAAAUUGCAAUCAAAAUUACAAUUCACCAAGCAUACGAUAUAUAAUGCGAUAAUAAAAUGUGCAGUACAUAAAUCAAAAUAAGAAAUAUAAUUUUUAAGAAUAACAUCUAAACGUAGUCAUGAAAUACUGAAAGUUGGGCAAAUUUUCAAGGUAUUCACAAUGUGUGAACAUAAGGCGUGA